AUGACCUUAGAGAGCCCUGUUAUUCAAACAUUGCCAGAUGACGGCCAUGACGUUUACUAUUUUGACGAUACCGUACCUGAAAAUCUAGCGCAGCCUAUGGGUCUUGUCAAUCCAAAAAAUCCUCUAGCAGGACUGGAGCACAUUGAUGUGCUUGAUCGGGAUGUUGUAAUUCUUUCACAAACAACCACACCCAAAAUUUUUACGUGGGAAGAAACCCGCGAUGUUGUGGAGCGAAUGGAUCUUAGCAAAUUUACCCGACUUCCACAUGAUUUACGCAACUAUUUACGAUGGAAGUAUUUUACAGAUAAGGAAUACUCUAGAAUAGACGAAAAAACUGGAGAACGCAUAUCGGGAAUUCUGAUCUACAUCCUGCGGGUCCGCUUAGAAGGUCGAUGGGGAUUUCAAUUCCCCGUUUACCCAACAAAUGAGGGCCGAUCGUUAUUUGAAAAUGUGGCAAGUGAUGCGUGCAUUCUUGCCAACGAUUUCCCUUACGCGCUUGAUCCCAAAAUUGUUCAUGUGGUUGUUUGGCUACGCACACCUAUUUCCACAGAACCUCUGGAAUAUGUACCAGAUGUUGUCACCUACGACAUCCCCACAACAAGACUUACUGAAAAAUCCCAAAAACUCAUUGAAAGAUUCGUCAAUGUAAAUUUUGUAGAGGGAUUGGACCUAACGCCGGACCGUGUCACCUGGUUUAAGAACUGGACUGGGUUACAAAGCAUCCCGGCUCUGGAACAUUUUCAUGUAAUGAUUUACGAUCCACCUUUGGAACAACUCAAAGAGUUGUAUUCUACAGGUGGAAAACAAAUUGACAUCUAUAAUUUAUAA